AUGUGGUUGAAGGUGAUUCCGUUGGCCAUAUGGUUGGUGAUUGUGAAGUGUCAGAGUGAUCGCCCGAUUAUUACCACAUCCGGAGGACAAGUUCAAGGAACGACUGAAUCGUGUGGAUUAUUUUGCACAUACUAUUCCUUCAAAGGAAUUCCUUAUGCGGAGCCACCAACAGGCGCGAGACGUUUCACCAAUCCAGUUCCUCAUUCGGGUUGGUCAGGUGUUCGAGAUGGCAGCACCCAUGGCAGCACUUGUCCCUCACCGGACAUGAAUCCGACGGAGAAUGAGGAUUGUCUCUUUCUGAACGUCUACAGUCCUUCGCUGAUCGGAACGCGACCCGUGAUGGUGUCCAUACAUGGAGGCGGUUUUAGUGCUGGAUCAGGGAAUGUAGGGCAUUAUGAUAGCAAGUACUUCAUGCCAGAAGAUGUGGUGAUCGUGACAGUGAACUAUCGCCUAGGAGUGCUCGGGUUCUUCAGCACCGGUGAUCGCAGUGCAUCCGGAAACUGGGGAAUUAAGGAUUGUGUUGAGGCAUUACGCUGGGUACAAAGAAACAUCGUCGCGUUUGGAGGAGAUCCGAACAAUGUGACGAUCUUCGGUCAAUCUGCAGGAGGUACAAUAGUACACUACCUAACACUUUCUCCCCUAACGGCUGGACUUAUCCAUCGUGCGAUCACACACAGUGGAUCUGCACUAAAUCAUUGGUCAUUUCAACCGAACCCUCGGCUACACGCUAAUCGUUUGGCAACGGCUUUCGGUUUGUCUACGACGGAUACGGCGGCUUUGGUAGCUGGUUUGAAGCAAGUGCCAUAUCGUGAUCUGGUUGCUUUGCAGGAAGGCUUGUAUGGACCGGAUCUUCCGAUGCUCGUGCGAACGAUUGACUUUUCCCCCGUUGUAGAGCCAGCAGACGCUCCAGAACCUAUAGUUAUGGGUCGACGACCGAUCGACAUUAUUGAGGACGGAUCAUACAACGCAAUUCCUUUGAUCGCAGGAUUCACCGAUAUGGAUGCUUUGAUGUUUACGGCAGCAGAGGCAGUGAUCAAUCCAGGGUUUUUCGAAGCAUAUAACAAUAAUCCUCACUUCUUGGUACCGUCUUUCUGGAACAUUGCGCAAGGAAGUUCAGAGUCCACUGCUGUCAGCCAGGCAUUUAGACAAUACUACUGGCAAGGACAACAACUCAGCGCCGCUCUCCUGCUGGAGUUUUCAGUUUUUAUGACAGACUAUACUUAUGCAUAUCCUCAAUUCGAGAUGGCAAAGCGGCAUGCUCUCCGAUCGCCAGUUUACGUCUAUCAGUUCAGUUACGAUGGUGACCUUAAUCUAGCCAAGCAUGCUUUAGGAAUCACUUUGCCAGGAGCUGUGCAUACGGAUGAUUUAUGCUACUUGUUUGAUGUCAGAGACCUUAAUUCAGGAGAAGUACCACAAACCAGUCACGCCAUCACGGUUCGCAAUCGAAUGCUGCGUUUGUGGACGAACUUUGCCAAGUAUGGGAACCCAACACCAUCUGCUGAUGCGCUACUGCAGAACGUCAUCUGGUCACCAAUCAACGGAGGGACGGUCAACGCAGGAUUAGAUGUUGGACAUGAUCUCGUUUCGGGUACGAACCCUAUCGCUUCACGUUAUAAUCAGUGGGUUGAUUUGGCAGGGCGUUAUGCCAACAACAUUUUCAGAUGA